AUGGCAGAAACGUCGCACAACCCGUAUCCGCGAUCUCCCAAUCCCUCCACCAGGUCGUACGAUUCGUCAUCUGUCUCGUCCGCAACGUCGCCCCGGCCUCCUUCGCGGUACCUGGGGAGCAUGCUGAAUGCGACAGGAAGACCAAACCCGACACCACCUCAGCCUCUUGGUAUGCCUACGCUGCCCCCCGUCAACCAAGGCUUUCCGCCUUAUACGCCCAUGCCACCAACCUCCAUCAUGGGCCGCGAGUCUGUUGCCUCUACCGACUCCCUGGUAAGCAGUCAAGGCCCCGGUGGCUCCCAACUGUCGGGAACUCCCGGUGCGCAAGGACAAAAGAGGGCCUACCGCCAACGUCGCAAAGAUCCCAGCUGCGACGCAUGCCGGGAGAGGAAAGUCAAGUGCGAUGCGACGGAGACGACUAGCUGUUCGGAAUGCUCCAGUCGAAACGUCAAAUGCCAGUUCACCAAGGAAACCAAUCGAAGAAUGUCUUCCAUCAAGCAGGUGCAAGACCUAGAGAAGCAGAUUGAAAAGGUCAAGCGUGACAACAACAACUUACGCCGGAUGCUGCAGGAGAGAGAUGGCUCUAUGGACAUUGACGUCGAAUCUAGAGAGCGAUCAUCCUCUCAGUUACCACCCCCCAUCGAGUCCGAGAGCAGACCGCGCAAGAGACCGCAGCCAGUUCCCGACCUCGCCCUGGCAAGGACGAACCUACGAACCUUUUCAAAGGGCAUUUGGAAACCUCCAGCGCAGCACCGAUUACCAGCGCCGGCCAUUUUUGAUGCACCCGUGCCUGAGUUGCCCCCCCGUCAGGUGGCAGAACAGCUGCUAACCACCUACUACGCUUCCGCGCACACAAUGUUUCCCAUCAUUCAUUUACCAACCUUUAAAGCCAUGGUUGACGACUUGUACCGAGCAAGUCCACCUCGCAUACCGCCGGCGUUCUUGUGCCUAUUCUUUGCUGUUUUAGCAACUGGUAGCUUGUUUACUGCCGAAGUUCCUGCAACAGCCGCCACCUAUUUCCGACCUGCCGAGCUGUUGGAGUCGGCACGGAAGGCCAUGGACCCCUGGUGUAACCAUCACACUCUCGACGACGCAAGAGCUCUUAUUCUCAUCACCAUUUGUCUGAACGAGAUGAAUCUGAAAUCAGCAGCGUGGAGCUUUUUGGGCAAUGCAGUGCGUGUUGGCCAAGACCUUGGCCUCUACCUGGACACGGAAACAUGGCCAGUGGUGGAAGGUGAAAUGCGCCGCAGGACGUGGUGGGCGAUUUACAUCCUCGACAGGGUCAUGGCCACCGAGAUGGGCCAUCCGUUUCUUAUCGACGAUGCCGACUGCAGCGUUGCUCUGCCCGCCGCUGUGGAUGACCAAUACAUUGAAGAUGAUGGCAUGAGAGUCCCCAGUGGAGCUGAGCCGUUGACUCACUCUCUCCUGGCUGUUAUUCACGUCGUCAGAUCUUACACUUCGCUUGUGAAGGCGACGGAGUCUCCCACGAUACCGCCUACGCAGCUUGCCGGCUUCGACGCUCAUUUCAAAAAGUGUCUCAACACUUUCCCUCCAGCUUGCGAUCCUGUUAGCACCGUGGCUUUGGCACCUCACUUCUUGGCGCCUCUCACUUAUUUAUUCCACGCGCGGCUACUUCUUCACCGCCAUAAUCUGAACCCCGGCUGUGAUGUUGAUAACCGCCUCGCAGCCAUUGAGAGCUGUAUGCACAUUGGUAUAGAGACAGCAUCGUUACUUAGCAGGACAAGCUCUCCAGCAGAUGGCGCCACCUCUCUUUUGACGGCUCACAUCUUUCGCUGUACCUUAUUCCUGCUCCUAACAGGAUAUUUGGAUCAUGCCAUCACCUGCAUCCGAGCUCUAGCGACAAUUGACGCGCGGCGCGAUGUAGCUACUGCUUGCGGGAGAUACCUCUCCUUCUUUACCUCCACCUUGAGUGUGAAGCGAGCCGAGUAUUCAAGUCGUAUAGCUCGAACGACUUCGCCGCAUGCUUUCUCCAGUGCGCGAUCGCCCGUGGACCCCUCCACCCUUUUGGUUACAUUGGCUAGAGAUGAGGAGCUUUUGGCUUACGUCUCGUCCGACCUCCAUGCCUCACCAUCAAGAUCUUGGGUCUGGACCGAAGGAUAUGAUCGUGAUUACCUUGCUCCCAAGACAGAUGCUGCUGCUCCAUCCGGCGGGCUCGGACACGCACUUUUCAGCUCAGCAAUGAGAACUGGCCUCAGUGAAGAGGAGCGCAGAGAGUGGGGUGGAUGGACUCAACUAGAGACGGCGGUUCGAGGGCUGGGAUCGACUCACGCGGUGAGCAGCAACUGGACAACCCUCCCUCCGCCUCAGGUAAAGAGAGAAUCUCCGACUCCUGGCAUCCCCAGCAUUCAGCGACUCUCAGAUGCCCCUCGAUACACAGGCGAAGUCCCAAAAUAUGGCAAUGAACCAUCGAGACCUGCUGCCAGCCCCGCUGGUAGAGAUAGAUUGAGCAUUGCAAAUAUUAUAUGA